AUGAGUGUGCCUCCUAACGUUCUACUCGACGACCGGCAUCCCUUCCUUCCCCCCACUCUUGCCCUGUUCGCGAAACUCGCUUUCUUCCAACCGAUGGCCCGGUUCUACUGGGAGUUCGAAGUCAUAUGGCAAGCCGUCUCGUUGCAAAGCUGGAUCGAGGUCCAAAAUUACCUGUACACCAUGGCUUGGGACGUCAAACAAAGAGAAGCUUCUCUUUCUCAGCAGCCGACAAGCUACAACUUCCUGUCCGCCGAGGUGCGCGAGAUGUGGAGGGAGUCUCAGGACGUGCGUAAGAAGCGAAUCGAGUACGACCCAUAUGCCUGCGGGACCGGUGUCUGUAAGUGGAGACAUCGUCCUGCAUCGUCGGUGUUCGCCUCCGAACGUGGCUCGCUCAUUUAGAUAGCCUCUUUCCUCCUUCCUACCAGUCAUACAUAUGCUCCGCAGGAAGUUCAUCAUAACUUUCAACAGCAAGCACCCCAAUCUCGACCCUCCUCUCCAGUGGGGCGACGAUCUUUGUGCUCGCCUCGCCCCGUUCGGCGGUCUUGCGACUCUCGCUGAGGAUCGCCUGCAGUCCCAAGAAAGCACCGUCGCGGAUCCAAGUCAGAGGGUGGGUGCACUUACGAACGAAGAGAAGCGGCACCUGCGAGGUGGGCCAAAGGAGCACUUUUGUCUGAUAGUUCCAGGUACGAGGCUCGUCCGCUGACUGCAUCGCGAUUAGCCUUCGGUGUCCGUUUCGAUUCCAACCCUGCCCCGGGUGACGAAACGAAGUUUGAACACGUGAUCGAUAUGCGAUCGUUUGGCCCACCUAGAAAAAGCCACCGGGUUUCAACCACGAUGGGAUCCGCGGCUUCGUCUACCAUCACUACUCGGCAUGAACGUGUCUUGUGAUGGAGCGAUGUGAGGGCUCUGAGCGCUCUGGCCUCAGCCCUACCACCACCACCACCACCACCACCACCACCACCACCACCACCACAACAACAACAACAUCGGCAAACGUUCCCCCUGACCCACUGUUACCGAGGCAUCUUCCCAACCCUCAUCGGUAUCGUCCUUUACGCCGGCGUAUCCUUCCUCGUCUGGGGAUUCCUCAAAGCCGAUCUUGUCCCGAGCAUGUUCAGCCCCAGCACCCGAGAACGCCAUCGCACCUGGAUCGACUUGACCGCCGGAGGUCUAGCCGGCGCACUAGCUCAAACCUCCGCUUACGCCUUGGACAUCAUUCGAAGGAGGAUGCAAGUCGGACCUGCUGGUGGGGGAGGAGCGAGACAUGGCUUUUGGGAUACGGCGAGAACGAUCUACAAGGCGCAUGGGUGGAGGGGGUUCUUUGCCGGGUUGAGUAUCGGGUACCUCAAGGUGAUUCCGAUGAACUCGGUUACUUGGUUAAUUUCGCGAGGUGGGUCGCGUUGA